GAAGAGUUCAGUCACGUUCUAAGCGUUUGCGGGUGAGGAAGUGUAUUUUCGGCGGUUGUUGUCCAGUUCGCGUUAUAGCUGAUCGCAGAUCUAACGCCCGAGAUCGUGGGGAUCGCUCGUGUGUCAUCGCGAUCCAGUUCGGAGUUUCGUAACAAUCAGGGACGACGCAAACCAUUUCGGGCCACGCCGGGACUGUAAAUUAACCUCGGUUUGGUUUUUUUAAUAUUUGUCGUGUGUGGAUUUGAACGUGAGCUGAAAAGGAGGCCACCGACUAGUUGGUUCACUAGUAGAGCUAACUAGAGAGGGGUAGUGUACUUCGCAUAUAUUGUGACUUACUUUGGAGAUCCCUUAAAUUGGGUGUAAGCGAGCUGAAACCAAAGCUAUUUCAACAAAAAAUCCAACGCCAGGAUGAAUAUACUACAAGAUGAUAACAUCGAUAAUGCGAUUUCGGUGUUUCGUAGUGAACGACAAUUUCUCGAUGAAUCAGAAAUACGAAUACCUCCCCGUCCAAAUCAGAACAACGGAACCACAUCUCAUAAGGAGGACACAAGUAGCCCCAAACGCCCAAAUGCCGGUGUUAAAAUCUACAACCUUGUCAUUCUGAUCGUGGACAUCCUGGUGAUGCUGGUCCGAUGGAUCUACUACACCCUCGAGUCAAUCUACCUGCUGGCGGUACCGCCGAAGGCGGAGGAUGUCCGCAAGGAUGUCGUUCUGGUGACCGGUGCCGGGCAUGGAAUCGGCCGCUGUUUGGCCCAGCAGUACGCUCAGCUGGGAGCAACGGUGGUUUGCCUGGACAUCAAUGAUAAGAUGAACAACGACACGGUGGCCAGCAUCAAGCAGCAGCGUGGCAAUGCCUUCGGAUAUGUAUGCGAUGUUACGAAUCGAGAGCAAAUCAUCGAAAUUGCCAAGACAAUCAAGCAGCAAGUUGGAGUUGUUACGAUUUUGGUGAACAACGCUGGCAUCAUGCCAGCCCAUCCAAUCCUACAGCAAACUGAGGGCGAGAUUCGGAAAACAAUCGAAAUCAACGUUAUGGCUCAUUUCUGGAUGCUCCAAACAUAUCUGCCGGAUAUGAUUCAAAAGAACCGUGGUUGUAUCGUGGCCAUGUCCUCGGUGGCAGGUUUAUUCGGUCUGAACAACCUCGUCCCGUACUGCGGUAGCAAGCAUGCCGUACGUGGAAUCAUGGAAGCGAUGAACGAGGAACUGCGCCAGGAUGCCCGCAAGCCGAACAUUCGCUUCACCAGCGUGUACCCGUACAUGGUCGACACUGGGCUGUGCAAGAAGCCACACAUGCGAUUCCCUAAUUUGAUGCGUCUGGUCAAACCGGAGGAAGCGGCAGCGGCCAUUAUCGAUGCUCAGCGGCGUGGUUUGGUGGACGUUUCCAUCCCCAAGUAUUUGCUCUAUCUGAAUACGUUCGUGCGGCUGUUCCCCCUGAAGGCUAGCAAUCUGCUGAGGGAUUUCCUCGAUAGUGGCGUGGAGUCGGAUCUUUGAGUGAGCAAAGUUAGAAGAAACAGGCACUCGGAAACAGGGGGCAGCACAACCAAUACCAGCACUCAGCGCAGUGAUAAUGUUAUUUGGGUUUAAUUUAUUGAUUAGAUUUUUGUUACGAAACAUAAAUUGUACACGCGGCAGAGCAAUAGUAGCAACAGGUCAGUGCAGCACAAUGAUGUUUUUUUUCCUCAAAAGUGUUUGUACUGUAUAGCUUUAGUAUUCUAACCACUUUGUUAGGUAAAAUAAGACAAAUUUAAACUGUGUAAUUUGUCGGUAGUUUCUUGUGUGUGUUCUUUUUUUUGGUUUAGUUAAUAAAAACUUAAAACAUAUAAACAUAUUAAUGCUCCUUUGGGACUGUGUGUCCUCAUGGUCGUGAGGCACUUUUUACCAUGAAGCACAACUAUUGAACCACUAGUAAAAGUCACUAAAAAUAUAGUCACAAUAGUUUUGCAUAUAUUUUAUCACUCUUUUUAUAUCAACAAUCACUCGAGAUCAAUACAAUUCUAUACAAUUUAGUA